AUGUCCGCCCCUCAGCCCCAAAACGAUUCGUUCGGCACCUCGUCGCCCCCACUCGAGGCAACCAAGGGUGGCGAGGAGCCUAUGGGCGUAUCGUCCAUCAGCGGCGACAAGCCCAAGGGCGUCCCUGAUAAGCAACAGAGGGGAGGUGCGCACUGUUCCAUCAUCCUCCAGAGCCCUCGAGUCCUGACCCAACCUGCUGUACGUUUAGACUAUUUCAAGGACAACUGGAAAGACUCCGAUGCUGGUGGCGGAGAUGGCGCAGAACAGGUGAGUGCGGUUAUGGGAUGUGCCGAUGCUCAAAAGUGA